AAAGUAUAGUUCAGGAGUAUUUUCCAUCUCAAUACCAUGUUAUUUCAGAAGCAAUCAUGUCGCAAAGAUGUUUCCAUAUUCACUUAAAGACUGUUCAGUCUACACACUACUGUUGCGUUUCAGCACCGUCAAUUCCAGUCCACUGCACCGCAUUCGUACAACCCAGCUGUGUGCGUUUUUCGCUUUUAGUUCCGAGCAGCGCGGUGUUUCCGUGCGGACCAAUAAUAGAGCCGUACAACUUCCGACAUGUUUAAAAUGUUUUACGAGCAAACGUAGCGUUACAUCACUUUGGUUUGUAGUUUCUGCUGGCUUGUCGAGUUGUCGUUAUGAAAUGCUCAUUGGCAACGCUUUCAUAAAGGUUGCCCGACUACAGGGUAGCCACAGUUGAAUGGCUGCUUCCUUCUUGUGUCGCACUCACAUUCUUCGCCCCUGUUUGAUAUUAUUCAGAACCGUUUUCACAGUCGGGAUGGACCCCAUGGGUUCGGCAUUUGGUCGUUCGCCCUUGGAGGGUCUUCACUUCGACAAUGUUGCCCUGAAGAAACUUCCACUCGACCCCUCUCAAGAACCUGGGGUCAGGAUCGUGAAAGGAGCAUGUUUCUCUCGCGUUCAGCCGCAACCUUUGAAGAACCCAACAUUUGUGGCUGUUUCCGAGCCUGCCUUGGCGUUGCUUGGACUGAACGCUGAGGAAGUUCUGCGCGAUACCCUCGGUCCGGAGUAUUUGAGCGGUUCGAAGCUGAUGCCCGGUUCUGAGCCGGCUGCCCAUUGCUACUGCGGUCAUCAGUUCGGACACUUUGCGGGACAGCUCGGCGAUGGAGCGGCAUGCUAUCUCGGUGAAGUAAAGGCUCCGGCUGAUCAAAGUGUCGACCUGCGGAAUGAAAACCCCAGCGGCCGGUGGGAGAUUCAGGUUAAAGGCGCCGGACUGACGCCUUAUUCAAGGCAGGCAGACGGGCGUAAGGUCCUGCGCUCCAGCAUCCGGGAGUUCCUGUGCAGCGAGGCCAUGUUCGCUCUGGGCGUGCCCAGCACCCGGGCCGGCUCGGUGGUGACCUCCGACCUCCGCGUCUCGCGGGACAUCCUGUACGACGGCCACCCCCGCCUGGAGAGGUGCUCGGCGGUGCUCCGCAUCGCACCCACCUUCAUCCGGUUCGGCUCUUUCGAGAUCUUCAAGUCCAUGGACGACCUGACGGGCCGGCAGGGUCCGAGCGUGGGUCGGGACGACAUCCGGGCCCAGCUGCUGGAUUACGUCAUCGAGACCUUCUACCCCGAGAUCCAGCAGGCCCACGAGGACAGGGCCGAGAGGAACGCCGCCUUCUUCAGAGAGGUGACGGUCCGGACGGCGAGGCUGGUGGCUCUCUGGCAGUGCGUGGGCUUCUGCCACGGCGUGCUCAACACGGACAACAUGAGCAUCGUCGGCGUUACCCUGGACUACGGGCCCUUCGGGUUCAUGGACAGGUUUGACCCGGACUUCGUGUGCAACUCCUCGGACUCCUCGGGUCGGUACACCUACCAGGCCCAGCCGGCGAUCUGCCGCUGGAACCUGGCGCGCCUGGCCGAGGCUCUGGGCCCGGAGCUCAGCGCCCAGAGCGUGAAGGCCGUCUUGGACGAGUACCUGCCCCUCUACAACGCCUUCUACCUGGGCAACAUGAGGAGGAAGCUGGGCCUGCUCCAGAAGCAGGAGCCUGAGGACGAGGCCCUGAUCACGGACCUCCUGCAGACCAUGCACAACACAGGUGCGGACUUCACCAACACCUUCCGCUGUCUGAGCCAGGUGCCCUGCCCGUCAGGAGAGGAGGAGGUGGCCCUGGGCCGCUCCGUGGACCUCCUCAUGGAGCAAUGCUCCACUCUGGAAGAGCUGAAGGAGACAAACAAACCCACCAUGGACCAUCGGGAGCUGGUGAUGGUGCUCUCCCUGGCCCAGAGUAACCCCGCCCUGUUCCAGAUGUUGGCCGAUCAGAAGGGCGUUUCCAAGCAGCUGGAGCGGCUGGCCAGGCUGAAGGAGCUGGUGGACACCAACCAGGACGACCUCCGGGCCAAGCAGAGGGAGGACUGGAGCCGCUGGGUCAAACAGUACAGGAAACGGUUGGCGAGGGAGCUGGACGGGCAGAGCGACCCGCGGCGGGUGGAGGAGGAGAGGGUGAUCGCCAUGGAUACGGCCAACCCCCGCGUGGUGCUCCGCAACUACAUCGCCCAGAAUGCCAUCGAGGCGGCGGAGACCGGUGACUUCUCUGAGGUCCGGCGUGUGUUGAAGGUUCUGGAGAAGCCCUUCUCCGCUCAGCCGGGUCUGGAGAGGCCCGGCCGUGCGCGGCUAGCGGGCGACGGACAGGAAGUGGGAGCGACGGAGGAGGGGGCGCAGGAAGAGGCGGGGCCAGCGCCCCGGCGCUUUGACGUCCCCUACGACGGCAAACCGCCGCUUUCGGCCUGCGGGAUCAGCGUCUCCUGAUCAUCGUAAAGCCUCCCCUGAAAACUGACCCGCCUUACUGUUGAGUAACUGUCAUGACCCCGAUCCAGGCCUUUACCGUUUCCCUACCGUUGCUCUCGCUGAUCUGAGGUCAGUGCUUGGCGGUGCUCACUGUGUCCCCCCCAUCUCUCUCUCUUCCUUCUCAGGCUGGAUCCGCUCCAGCUGUAUCUGUUCUCUUGGGCCUCCAUGUCGGUGGCUGUCCCAAACCAUAAGGGGGGGGGACUUCAUCAAGGGUUUAGGGUCCUCUAAGGGCCCUAGAAUGUCCACUCACCAGGCUCUUAAGCCAGGGGUACCGCCGCCAUUUCCGUCACUUCUGUGUGAUGUCAUCAACAUGCGACGCCAAAGGGCUGCUGGGAGCGGAUUCUCCCUCUCUGUUUGUCCUCUCUCGUCCUCUCUCUCCCUCUCUUCCUCCCCCUCCCUCUCUGUUUGACAUCUUUCUCUCCCCCUCUUACUCUCCCCCUCCCUCUCUGUUACUCAGGUGGGUCAGUUGUUUUUGGGAGGCAGCGUUGGGAAGGGUGUCUCUGUCGACCAACCGCAAAAUACCACAGAUGGAGAAAGAGAGAGGCAUUGCGCUGUGUAAACAUGAGAUCUGAGCCCAUGCUAACGCAGGUUUCCUCCAGUACUUAUUCAGCGGGUAACAUUUUGAGGACAUGAAAGGGCGAUUCUUAAACCAUCAAGGACCUCAUCUGUAAACCAAUUACAUUACAACCAAAUUUGUAGCUCGGGUGAAGUGAAAGUCAGCAGAUCGUCAAAAACCUUAAUGCACCCGGUGUUUGAAGUUCAGGACCUCCCACAACUUGGAAUUUUCGAGAAUCGAAAUCACGGAAACCAUGUCUGUAGGUUUGGUGGAGUUCAGAAUGCAGCCAGCCCUGCUGCGCGAGGUUCUCUCUCUUUCUCCGUCUGGAUCACGGCGAGGUCGUGCAUGAUGCCACAGGCAACCAGUCCCACAGGGAUCUGUCUGUGUCUGAACCAGAGACACCCGAACCAGUCUGCAACACACACACACACACACACACACACACACACUCGCAUACAUACACACACACACACACACUCACAUACAUACACAUACACACACGCACUCACACACUCACAUACACUCACAUACAUACACACACACACACACACACACACACACACACACACACUCACAUACAUACACACACACACACACACACACACUCACAUACAUACACACACACACACACACACACACACUCACAUACACACACACACACACUCACAUACAUACACAUACAC